CUUGACAGCGACGCCGACGACCACACUGCGAGACACGUGCACUCCCUUACAUUCGAUCUAGACUGCAGUCACGCCCAUGCCGCAGUCUUUGCAAGUUGAUCCUGGUAACUCAAGCUGCAACCAUGUCCUCGUAUCGCUACGCGGACAACAACAGAAACGGGCGAGACAGAUCUCCGCCGUACCGAGACCGCAGACCUUCUGCCUUUGGAGGCGGAUACCCCCCAAGAGCUAACGACAGCGUGAGGCCCAACCAAGAAGCUAGCAAUUUCCCGCCUCGCGACGUUCCCCGAGGGCCAAAGUCUCUGUCUGAUGCGCCGCGCGGCUCUGCUCCUGGAAGUUCGACUGGCGCGCCUUCAACACCCCGUGAUGGACGAGGAAGAGGGUUUCCAAGCAGGGGUGAGCCCACUCCCUUGCGGGACGCACCGCCGCUCAGUAGUGGGCCAGCGCCCCCAAUGACGAACACGCACAACUCCUGGAGGGCCGAUCGUGAUCGAGAUCGCGAUCGAGAUCGCGACCGUGACUUUGACCGCGACCGCAGAGAAAGGCGUGCGACCCCACCCCCACGGCGCUCACCCAUUCGGGACCUCCGAGAUCCCCGGGAUCAAAGAGACUUCCCGCCCCGUGAUCUGGACGUGAGCCGCGCGCGCCGCAAUUCUCGCGAUGGGCCACCUUCCGCAGGGUCUACAUUCUCGGAUCCUCCCGUGCCUGGCACUGGCUCAUCGUACCGCGGCAGUGGGAUCGGGCGAGGCCGCGGCGGUAGAGAUUUUGGCGGGAGGGGACGACCGUUCCACAACGACGACCGAGAUAGACACCAUGAUCCCCGAGAUCGAGCUCCAGAUCGCUUAUACAGACCACGCAGUCGAUCGCCCAUACGACGAGAUCGAGACCUGCGAGAUGAACGAGACUUUGACAGAAGAGAUCGUGACGAUCGCAGGUUUCCCAGAGAGUAUGAUUCUUAUAUAGGACCUGCUGGCGCUGCCAAACCAGGGCCGAGAGUUCUGGACACCCACCGCGGCCCGGGACCUUCUGACUCGCGGCACGUGCCAGGAACGCCGACGGGACCGACCCCACACUCUUCGCAUCAUGCAUCCCCGGCGGACCGUUUAGGACCCCAAGUGGAUUCAUAUUCUCGACGCUCUUCCGUUGCGAUUGACCCUUCAGCUUCCAAAGAUUUGCGUCGUGAUCCUGGCAAGGACGACCUCCUCCUAGCUAGCCGCGCAGAGGCGUCCAGGGAACGGUAUGCGCCACGGGCAUCGUCGCCACCCGCCGCGGUCCCAGCUUUUGGAUCUAACGUUUGGAGGAACCCAACGCUUGACGUCAAGUCAAGCACAGCUACGGCACCACCCAAAGCAGCCCAGACCGGCAACACAGCAACAGCUGUUCCCGUAACUACGGUCGCAGCAUCUCUUCCAGCAUCGAUAUCCACAUCCUCUCCGGCUUCGGUCCCUAUUUCAUCCGCAGCUCCAGCUCCGGCUGUCGCUCCAACUCCAGCUCCGAUCGUCUCAGUCGCUACUGUAGCAUCUCCAGCGGUUGCAGUUUCUCCCGCGCCUGUCGUUCACAGGGACAAUGCCCCAACUGGAUUCGUUGCUCCACCUACAGGACCCAAAGCAGAUCGGGUUCAAGAUCGUCUCGUAAUCGAAAGACUUCCCGUCGAUGAAUCUAUACAAGAGGGCCGACCAGGGCCAAAUGGACUCCCACGUAUCGACCCACCCGCAAGCAUGCCGUACUCCCAUCCCUCUUUGAUGGCUCAUGUUGCUGAGUCAGCUCGAGUAGAGAUCAAACCUUCUGUUUCACGGCCAGCCAACGCUCCACAAUAUCCAGUACGCCAGGGACCUCCACCUUCGGCGCCCUCAGCUUCUGCGAAAUCACCUCCACAGGGUCCAGCACCACGGCCGCGUCCACCGCCCUCCGCGCCGCAGGCAGCUCUCAGGGCCAACGUCUCGCCAUCGUUUUCCAGAGCUCCUCUCCCUUCCUACGCUUCAAGGGAUAUGCCUGUCAGCUCAGUACCUCCCCCGCCGCUAGGUCCGCGUAGCUCCAGUGGCGACAAUUCUAUCAAUACUUCACCAAAGAGUCUGCCAGCCAACAUCCCUACUGGGCCCAAAGCUGAUAGAACGCCAAUGGUACCGCGACCGGCUCCUCCGUAUGCGCCAUCAGAAAGACCAAGCUUCAAUGCUCCAAGAGCGCCCAUGGGUGGCGGACCGAAAAGUAUGCAAUGGGUUCGCCCAGGUCUCAUUCCCAACCGGCCUUCCAUUCCCACGAAACGAGAGCUGUCGGUGGAUGAUCGAGAGCGAUCAUUUGGAACUGCACCAAAGGCCCCGAGGCUGGAGCUUGGCAGCUCUGUUUCCAUUGUUCAUCCACAACGUAUGCAGCAAGCUCAAUUCGGCUCCCCUUCCUAUUUUCGUUCCCCUGGAGACAAAGACAGAACCAAAGGGCGAGCUGCAUCUGCAGAACGAUCCACGAAUCCGUCCUUGAAGCCUGGGUCGAUAGAAACAAGACGGCAUUCUGACGUGGUUAUGGCGGAUCCGUCUACUUACCCUAUCCAGCCGCCCAUGUCGGCUGCUUCCUCUGCGCCGGACGCAUUGCAAGAUUCUGAUGAGGAUGUCGAUCUUGAUGAAGAUGACUUUGCAGAGUCAGAAGCGAAGUAUAAUCGAAAGAAGGCGGCACUUGAGGCUAAACUUGUCGACCUCAGCGCACCUCAUUUGCGUGCAACCACUCCUCUACAGGAGAUCAUCCUGCUGUCGUGCCUUAAUGCCGACCAUCUCCCGGUUCAUUACGAAGAUGUGGAGCAGGAUGCUGUCAAGGACAGAGUCGUACUGCUUCCGCCAGAGACCACAUUUGUAUCGCAUGUCCAGACAUCUGCUGCCAACAAGCUAGUCGAGCCUUUGACGCCGAAGGCCGAGGAGACGGAUGAUAACGGGUCAGAGAAGAGAGCAGAGCGUUCAAUCGCACCGGCAACGGUCGCCCUGCGCCUUCGACGAGAAGCGUCUAAGGAAUAUGAAAUCUUACCUGAUCUCAGUGGUCUUCCUUAUCUUGGCUCAGGUCCGCCCACACCACUGUCUGACAUUGAGCAGUAUCGGCCAGAGCUUCCCGACACUAUCAAGUCAAACAUGCUCAGACUGUUUCAAAAGACGAUCCAACCUGAACUGACUCAGGAAGAGACUUUACAACAAUAUGCGAUAAGAUAUAAACAUUGGCGUCAAUUCAUCCGCCAUUGGGAUGAGGAACGUGAGCAAGACGAACAGGAACGACAACCAUCAGCCGAGCCCAGUCUAAAGGCUACGACACCCGAUGUUCAGAGCUCUACAGUCGGUGCACUGCUCGAGGUACCAGGUCCUACCGGACGACGCAGCCACGCCAGUCGAUGGGCGACUGAGCUGGACAUCGAGGCUGUGAUCAAAGAGUCGCUUAAAACAGCAGAAGAAGAAAGAAUUGGCAAGCAAGACAUCGAGCCAAAAAGAAGUAUGGCUGAUCCGGAGAAAGAAGCCGACCUCCCUCUGGAACUUACCGAAGCUGAAGCAGAGAGACGCAACUUCAUUGACACUAAUUUUCAACGUGAACCAGGACAGGGUAUCUUUGCGUUUCACUAUGAGCCUCCGGAGGACGACUUCACGCCGGAAGAACAUCGCGUCAUGGUUGCAAACUACCGGGAUCAAUACGCCAAAAAAUGGGGCAAGCUCGCAGAAAUUUUGUACAAGGAGUGUGGGACUGAACGGACUUACAAAGACUGCAUUAAUCACUACUACGCUACCAAGUGGGCAAGAGAGUACAAAGGCAAGGUCAGAGGCAGGCGUGGGGGUGCACGGAAAAGGGGCGGAGGGACUGCACGUGGCCGUGGAGCUAUUGCAAACAUGGAACGACCUGAAGUUGCAGGAGAAGACGGACUUCCAUUGCCUGUCACAGAGACCGGAAGACCUCGACGUUCAGCAGCACCCACGUUUGGCGGCAUGGAGGCUGACUUCGAUCCAAACGCUACAAUUCCCACUCAAAGUCGAGUUCGUCGGCAGACAGAUGCGGAUGGCAAUCCAGAAAAAGCUAGCAGACGGAGCAAGGCCAAUAAAGAGAAGGGCAAGAAGGCCAAGAAUCAACCGCUUGCUGCAGCUCCGGCUGGAUCACCCGUCAAGCUUGACCGCAAAGACAAAGCCCCAGGCAUCAAAGCAGAAGAUGAGUUCGGCAAGCGCCAAGUUGCGGAUUUACCAUCUCAAAUCCAUGUGGAUCAGCACGAGGACCAAAUGAGUGAUCCCUCACUCUUGACCCUGCGGGGCAACCAUGUCGAGCUGCCCUCGCUUUCAGGAGCCAUACCUGUGGGCAUGAUGGAUCGGCAGAAAAGCCAGCCCACCGCCAGACCUGGGCCGUCGAGCUACUGGUCUGUAUCUGAACUCCAGGACUUUGAAAAGAACGUAGCGCAUUUCGGUACGGACUGGAUCGGCUUCGCUAACCACAUGGGUACAAAGACGCAUAUCAUGAUCAAAAACCAGUACUUGCGUAUGGUCGAAGGCGGGAAGUCAGAGCUCGAACAAGCCGCAAAAGAUGCUGAUGCAAGAAAGGAGCGCGGUGAUGACCUGGGCCCGCCACCGACACCCACUCCUGCGCCCAAGAGACGUUACGAGAGCACACAGAGCGUACUUCCUCGCAAUCUUGCGCCAGCUGAACAGAAUCAGUCUCCCUUGAUCAAUCCUACUGCAUUGCCCAGAAAUUCGCCUCCUCCGGUAGCUCAUGCUGCAAGAUUCUUACCCCAGUCUGCCGGUCAGGGGAAACCACUUGUUAAUUCAACAUCUGGCUUCUCUCCGCUACCAGAGACUGCACUUGCAUCCGUACCUUCAAUGCCGCAGCACCACUCGCCACCUACCGCUGUGUCUCGAGGCCAGCCGCCGCAUCAUCUUCAGCACAGCAUGUCGCAGCACAAGCCGCAUCAUCAACCACCCCGAGCAGGGUACUUUUCUGAUGAGCUACAGCCACGUCUGGAUAAUCGUGUGCCAUCGCAUUCAUCCAUGCACCAUUCUUCACGAUCCAUGCAGUCGCACAGCGCAGUACAGAUGCGUGGACAGGAGCAGCUCUCACAGUCUGCAUUCCGUGGCUUGAGCCACCAAGAGCGAGAGAGUCUGGUCAGGUCAGAAACUCAGCAAGAACAUGAGCAUCGAUAUCAACAGCACCAACACGCUCGAAGGAUCUCCCAAGAGAUGCAUCAUCACCAACGAGCUUACCCACCUGGAGGACCACCACCUCUCAUGCCACCAGUGCGCUCCAAUUCUCUGGCGCGGUCUCCAGAGCAUCGCCCAGUUUCAUACUCGCACUCUCGUCAGGUCUCACAGGCUCAGGCUUUGGCCCAGCCACCAUCAGAGCUAAUGUCCCACGCGCAUGGUGUAUUUCCGGGAGGACAGCAAUUGCCCUCGAGGGGAUCCAUAUCUACUCCACCAGUCAAAGAAGAGCCGAGAUAUGCUCCACCAUCUGCGAUCCCACAAGCACAGCAAACUCCAGUUUUGCAAUCUCAGCAUCAGGCCCGCCCAUCAUUCAGUCAAACACCUGCACAGAUUGUCCCGCCUCCCAAAGCUGUUCAGCAGCCCAGAAAGUCAAACCUGUUGUCGUUGCUCAAUGACCCCGAGCCCGACGAGCCCUCGAGGAAGAAGCCCGUCGAACAGGGACCUGCAUCGCAUACUACAACCCCUUCACAACAGACACCUAUCGCGCCUCCACCAGCCACCUUGCCAACGUCAGCAUCGAGACGCGAUCUCUACGGAGAUGGCACACCCACGCAAUCUCUAUAUGGGCGACCUUCGUACGCCUCUCAGGGCUCGAUGCCUGCGUCCGCAGCGAAUAGAUCUAUCGACUUGACCAACGAACAGACAUCAGGAAACAGGCAUGGGCCUCGAGACAGCUGGCAACGGCAACAAUUCCACCCUUCGCAUAGCCAGACACAACAGCCAGUGUCUCUGCCCACCUCUCAUCCUGGGUUGCCUCAGCCUCCGUAUAAUGAUUCAAGACUUUUUGGUAACCAUCGCUCGGUCUUUGCUCAGCACAAUACACAACGACACAAUCCAUCGCCGCCACCGAUGGCUGCUUACAAUAACUCGCCCCAUCUACACUCUCGCACACCGAGUGUAACUGGGGCGCCAGGACAAUCUUCUCGUCCUGGGAUGCCGGGAUCCGGAACAGCUCAGCUUGCGCAAGCAACAUCAGCUGCAUCGAGCCAAAUCCUUCAACCGAAUCCUUACGCACAAGUCGAUCCUCCUGGGGCCGGUGCUCCACAGCCAGGUCCAAUGGGGAUGCGGCCUAGCCCGCAUCUCCGCACCAGCCAUGUGGCGCAGCAGAGAGAGAUCCCGAGCCGGAACGAACACUCUCAAUCUCAGAACACGAAUCUGACGUACUCGAACCCACCAACUCCCAAUGAGCAUCCAGCUCAUGCGUCAAUGCGGGGACCAAGUAGCGUUACGGAAUCCUAUCGUACGCGCGAUCCUAGGGAUCUCCACCACGAUCUCGAAUCGCGCAAUUCGGAUCGUGACACUAGUCGGGAGCUUUCCCAAAGGACAGAGUAUCUACGAGAACAGCUGGCCAAUCCACACAUGCGCUCUGCUCCCGUACAUGAGGAAUUGCGCUAUCAACCCCAGCAGCAGGAACGCGGCUACCUGUCUCAGCGCUCGCAUACUCCUCUUGCAAGGAGUGACGCGGGACAACAACCUCCCCCUUUGCAACAUCCACCGCACUCAUCCCUGGGUGCGAACAACCAUCCUCUCUACGGCCAACGCCUUUCGGAAGAGCCAUCGAGGUUUUCCCAAGCCUUUCCUCGCGACCGAGGAAUAGCAGAUCGUAUUCGUCAGGAGUCUGCGCAGCAACAACAGGCAGCCUUGAAUCGAGAAGAGCAGAUGCGAAGGGAAAGUCAAAUGCGGGAGCAAGAGAUGCGAGAGCGUGAGCUCAGAGAGCGAGACGCACAUUUCCGUGAAAAUUUGAUGAGAGGCAAUAUCGGGCCCUACGGAAGAGGACCAGGGUCUGAGCAGCGGCAGCCGCCUACAGGACCUAGUGGACAUAUGGAUUGGACCAGUGGUGUCAGUCGACAAUCACAACGAGACGGUUGGCAGCGAUAAAUGAGCGGUUUUAAUUCAUUGAUUUUGUCAAGGCGUUUUGGACCAGAGCCAUCUUGAACAGCUGGAUGUCAUAUGGCAAAUUCGUAGAUGCUUGCAACGGCGCCACGUAUCCGGCGCCAGAUCUCCUUUGUAAGAUGACCUGACGACUCACAUAUGACGACCCAGGGGGCUUUGUCGAUAUCUUCUCAAUCUGUAUGUCUAGUAUGAGCGUUCGAGCGCGCGCUUUCGUCCAUGUAUUAUACCUUUGCGUUAAUCGUAGAACAGUCAAGACUUACAUUGCAUGUUAA